AUGGCCGCAUACUAUCACUACAACGCGCAAGCGGCUCAUGUCACUUCUGUCACGCACAACCAUGGCGGUCAUCGAAGUCGCCGAGGAGCUCCGCGAUUGUCAGUAUCACAAACCACCCAGAGACAGUUUCGAGGCGCUCGCAGCAUGAAAGACCUCAUCGAUUCCACCGCCAUCUCCGCAUUUCGCACAAAGUUUGAAGCCGGUCGCUCAUUUGAUCUCGAAGACGAUAUGGAGUUUUGCCCUUGUCUGCUAACCGAGUCCGAUCUGGUUUCCAUUUCAAGCGCCUCUGAACGCUCGUCUCUCGCCAGUAACUCUCCCGAAUCCUCGCCAACUCAACGACCCCAAACCGUGGCGCCUGGAUUCUCCCUUAAUUCGACUUCUGCUGCCUUCAUCCCCCCCAGCUUCCAGAACCAGCAGUCCGGCUUGAAGCUACAUCAACCUGCCGCCACUCGGGGACGCAACGCCAUUCCCAUCAUCAAUCCCGUCACUGGAAUCAGCAUGUCGAGCCCGCCUCCGUCAGUGUCGCCCGCCGCCAUUCAGCAAGUCCUUGGCCGUCGAUGGUAG